GCAACACACUGAGCGCGCACAGGAACUUACAGGCAAUAGACUGCUGCUGUUAGAAUAAUAAUUAUCCAUUUAUUUCUCUCUUUUUUUUGUUGUUUGCUUAUAUUUAAAGAGAAAAAAAAAUACUGAUGUGCAGUGUUGAUGUGUUCCUGCCUUUGGCGCACGUUUCCAAGGGUGUGUGACGAAUGCUGCGCGUGAGACUUGAGGCUCUGUAGGAGACAAACAUGGACAUGGAGACGUUCACCAUACAAGACAUGCUCAUUAACUCCACCGAUCUCAACAAGAUUCUCUGCAAUUUUAGGAUCAAGAAUAUUUCCGAGUGCGAGGUGGAGGAUCCAUCACCCGAGCCUCGAGAUAUCAACCAGACAGUGAGGAUCGUCCUCUACAGCCUCAUCUUCCUCCUCAGCGUUCUAGGCAACAGCCUCAUCAUCGCCGUCCUGGUGAGGAACCGGCGCAUGAGGACCGUCACCAACCUCUUCCUGUUGUCUCUGGCCAUCAGUGACCUGAUGGUGUCCCUGGUCUGCAUCCCCUUCACCCUCAUCCCCAACCUCAUGAGAGACUUCAUCUUUGGUGCCGGUAUUUGCAAGCUGGUCAUGUACUUCAUGGGUGUCUCGGUCAGUGUUUCCACCUUCAACCUGGUGGCCAUCUCCCUGGAGCGCUACAGUGCCAUUUGCAACCCGCUGAGCUCCAGAGCAUGGCAGACCAAAUCCCACGCUGCCAAGGUCAUCACCGCAACCUGGGUGGCUUCCUUCAUCCUGAUGCUGCCCUACCCCAUCUCGAGCACGCUCAAGCCUUUUACCCGCCUCAACAACAGCACGGGGCACAUGUGUCGCCUAGUGUGGCCCAAUGACAUCAUCCAGCAGUCCUGGUAUGUGUGUCUGUUGCUGCUGCUCUUCCUGAUCCCCGGGAUCGUCAUGAUGACCGCCUAUGGACUCAUCUCGCUGGAGCUGUACAGGGGCAUCCGCUUUGAGCUGUCCAGCAGGAAAUCCAGUCGAGACAGACAGUGCAGCUCUGGCAGCAUCAAGCCGGGUGACAGUGAUGGCUGCUACAUGCAGCCAUCCAAGAAGAAGAGCAUGACAAUGAGCAUAACUAACUCCAGCAGCAAGCCCAUGGUGGCGGGCCGAGUGUGCGGCACCAGCUCUACAGCCAACCUCAUGGCCAAGAAACGUGUGAUCCGCAUGCUCCUGGUCAUCGUCUUCCUCUUCUUCCUGUGCUGGACGCCCGUGUUUGUGGUCAACGCGUGGCAGGCCUUCGACCAGCGCUCAGCCUACCGCCUGACCGGCGCGCCCAUCUCCUUCAUCCACCUGCUGUCCUACAUCUCUGCCUGCGUCAACCCCAUCAUUUACUGUUUCAUGAACAAGCGCUUCCGCCAGGGCAUGCUGGCCACCUUCAGCUGCUGCAGCUGCUUCAGGAGCAGCGGCUCGGGGACGUCGGCGGAAAGUGCGACGCCUAAAGGCGACGCGGGCCGAUCAAGAGCGGCGCCUGACACGCAGAACGGUCACACAUCGCCAAGCACGGCCAACACACACUUCACCUACACCGGAAUCCGUACGUCAGCCUGGAGCGAGCUGACUUAAAUGGGACUGUACGAGAGAGGACAUGUCGGGAAUCUGUGCAGUGUUGUUCUAACGUAGCUAAGCCCUCGCAGUGCUUGUAGAUGGAGUUUUUGAGCAGCUGUGUUGCUUUAUCGUGGAGCACGACAUGGGGGG